AUGGCUGUUCGUACACAAUUCGAAAGUAGUAAUGAUAUUGGUGUAUUCACCCGAUUGACUAAUGCCUAUUGCUUGGUCGGAAUCGGUGGAUCUGAAAAUUUUUAUUCCACAUUUGAAAGCGAAUUGAGCGAUCAAAUUCCGGUUGUUCAUACAUCAAUUGGUGAUUGCCGUGUUGUUGGUCGUCUAACUGUCGGAAAUCGACAUGGUCUUCUAGUACCAUCAUCUACAACCGAUCGAGAAUUACAACACAUUCGAAAUUCUUUGCCAGAUAAUGUUCGUAUAAAACGAUGUGAAGAACGUUUAUCGGCAUUAGGAAAUGUGAUCGCAUGCAAUGAUUAUGUUGCACUUGUACAUCCAGAUUUAGAUAAAGAAACAGAACAGAUUCUAAUUGAUACGUUAAAUGUGGAAUGUUUUCGACAAACAAUUGCCGAUAGGGUUCUUGUCGGCAGUUAUUCAAUAUUUUCAAAUCAAGGUGGACUUCUACAUCCCAAGACAAGCAUACAAGAACAAGAAGAACUAUCUUCACUAUUGCAAGUGCCACUUGUUGCAGGAACAGUGAAUCGAGACACGACAGCUCAUGAAAUUAGUGUUAUCGAAAAUGUAUUUAAAUUAGGACAACAACGGGCUACUGGAAACAAAGCAACGACGACAACUAUGAAAGAUUCACUUGUAGAUGCUCUUUCUCUGUAUAACACGACAAAAAUUCCUUCAUGUACCGAAGCAUUCAACAAUAAUUGUAUUCAGUUAAAUUCCACUUUCGAUCGAACCUAUAAGCCUCAAAGUAUUGUCACUAUAUUUAACUUGAUCAGAAGCUUUUUGUCAGAUGCUGAAUUGCCGUACGCUUCAAUUUCAUGUGACAUAUUCCAAAAGUAA